CUUGACAAAGGGACCCCAGAGCAGAGAAGGGGCCCCGUAACUUUCCUGGUUGUCCUGGAAACCCACCUGCCCAUGCUGCUGCCUGUUACCCUCUCCUCUCCUGCAAGCCUGGACCUUUUUCCCCAGAGCUGCACCCUGCACCUGCUCCCCUGGCUCUGUCCAUUGGUGGGCCCCUCUUAGCUUGGCCCCCAGGUUGCCAGCUCCUUCAGGGAUCAGUCUGUGGGCAGGGCUGGACAGAGAGAGGGCCUGCCAUGGAGCCAGGGAGGGGUCAGGACACCUGAGGAAGGUUUCCACCAGUACACAGCUCUCCACACCAGGAUAAGCAGAGCAAAACCACAGGGGUAACCUCUUGGCAACUCAUGUAUACAUACGCAUGUACCCCCAGGGGGGCAGUUUCCUUAUGGAGAUGUAGACUUGUCCACAGUUGUGUUAUGAGUGACUAGGAGGAAGGGGGUGGAAUCUUUCUGUGUGCCCCUUCCUGAGCAGGAAAGGGUGAUUGGGCCACUGAGUCCUAACCUCAAGGAGUCUCCCCUAGGGAAUUUCUGCAGUCCCCCCUCCCCCAGGCCCUGACGCCUGCCCUUCGUGCCCAGCCGUACUUGGCAGCCCCACCAGCUCAGGCUCUGGGUGCCAGCUGGUGUGGACCUGUCACUCAAGCCCAGGCGGGGACGGCUGGUUGUGGGGGCUAUUUAAGUCCAACUCCCUGGUCUGCCCCUCCCAGCAGCUCUGCUACUGGCCACCUGCUGCUGCCUGUUGUGCCUGGAAUGCUGAUUGGCAGUUGGCUGGGGUGGGGGCUGGGGAUGCUGUUAUAAAACUGGGGUGAUCGGGAGGCAGCCAUCCCAUCCAGAGCCCCCGUGUCCCGCUGCUGUCAUGGCCUCCCACCGCCUAGUGAUGGUCCGGCAUGGCGAGAGCACGUGGAACCAGGAGAACCGUUUCUGCGGCUGGUUUGAUGCAGAGCUGAGUGAGAAGGGGGCCGAGGAGGCCAAGCGGGGAGCCCAGGCCAUCAGGGACGCCAAGAUGGAGUUUGACAUCUGCUACACGUCGGUGCUGAAGCGGGCCAUCCGCACCCUCUGGACCAUCCUGGAUGGCACGGACCAGAUGUGGCUGCCCGUGGUGCGUACCUGGCGCCUCAAUGAGCGGCACUACGGGGGCCUAACGGGCCUCAACAAGGCAGAGACAGCCGCCAAACAUGGCGAGGAGCAGGUGAAGAUCUGGAGACGCUCCUUUGACAUCCCGCCGCCCCCCAUGGAUGAGAAGCACCCCUACUAUAGCUCCAUCAGCAAGGAGCGUCGCUACGCAGGCCUGAAGCCGGGGGAACUGCCCACUUGCGAGAGCCUCAAGGACACCAUCGCCAGGGCCCUGCCCUUCUGGAAUGAGGACAUCGCCCCCCAGAUCAAGGCCGGCAAAAGAGUGCUCAUCGCAGCCCAUGGGAACAGCCUGCGGGGCAUCGUCAAGCAUCUGGAAGGGAUGUCAGACCAGGCCAUCAUGGAGCUGAACCUGCCCACAGGGAUCCCCAUUGUAUAUGAGCUGGACCAGGCGCUGAAACCCACCAAGCCCAUGCGGUUCCUGGGUGACGAGGAGACAGUGCGGAAGGCCAUGGAGGCUGUGGCGGCCCAGGGCAAGGCCAAGUGAGGGGUGGGCUUGGGGCAAUAAAGACACCUCCUCCCAG